AAAACAAAACAAAACAAAAAAAUGCUGAUACUGCUGGUCCAUCACCUUAAAGCAAUCAAAGGAAAAGUCCUACCUCCUCCCAUUUGAAAGACUUAAUGCACCAAAUAAAGCAAAAAUAGGAAAGAAACUUCUCCCUCCCAUUUUCACCUUUCCCACACCCUUCAAAACCCCUUCUCUGCAACUAUCUCACACAACACCUACUCCUCUCUCUCUCUAAAAUCUCCACGGCAUGCCUGGCUUAGUCUCUGAAACCCCAAAAAUGGCGUCGAAAACGUCGCCAGAUCCAAACACUCCAUCACCUGCAAAGUCCAAACCCUCUCCUUCCAAAAAGUCGUCAAUUUCUCCUUCCUCCCAACAGAAGAAGAGACUCUCUCUCACUGCAGUUGAGCAUGAAGAGGAGUUAGGUCUCGACAACCCUGAUCUCGGUCCCUUUCUUCUUAAACUCGCCCGCGACUUAAUUGCCUCUGGGGACAACCCCUCCAAGGCCCUCGACUGUGCUGCGCGUGCUGCCCGGUCAUUUGAGCUCUGCAAUGCAGAAAGCCCUAGCCCUAGCCUUGACCUUGUGAUGGCUCUCCAUGUUCUUGCUGCCAUCCACUGCGGCCUUGGCCAGUUUGCUGAGGCCGUCCCCAUCCUCGAGCGAUCCAUCUCGAUUCCAGACCCUAACUUGGGGCCGGACCACGCUCUCGCUGCCUUCUCCGGCCACAUGCAGCUCGGCGACACCUAUGCGAUGCUCGGCAGUCAAGAUCUCGCAAUCAAAAGCUACACUCUGGGCCUUGCGGUCCAGAAAGAGGCCUUAGGAGACACCGACCCUCGUGUCGCCGAAACAUGUCGGUAUUUGGCUGAGGCACAGGCCCAAAUCAUGCAAUUGCCUGCGGCAGCCGAGCUUGUGAAACAUUGUCUGGCAAUUCAUAAGGAGCACAGCGCCCCUGCCUCAGCCGAGGAAGCCUCCGACAGGCGGCUGAUGGCUUUAAUUUGCGAAGCCAUGGGGGAUCACGAGGCUGCACUCGAGCAUUUGGUCCUCGCAAGUGUAGCAGCAGCGGCAAACGGGUUUGAUGAGGAGGUUGCUGCUAUUGAUGUUAGUAUUGGGGAUUCUUAUUUGGGGAUGGGAAGAUACGAUGAGUCGGUGUUUGCCUACCAGAAGGCUCUGACAGUAUUCAAGGCUGCGAGGGGGGAGAACCAUUUGUCGGUUGGCACGGUGAUGGUGCGGCUGGCCGAUUUGUAUCAGAGAACGGGGAAGAUGCGGGAGGGAAGGUCCUACUGUGAGAGCGCCCUGCGGGUCUACGCCAAGCCAGUGCCAGGAACCGCGACAGAGGAUGUAGCAGCAGGGCUGGCCGAGGUGGCAGCUGUGUAUGAGGCCAUGGGCGAUCUCGAUGAGAGCGUAAAACUCUUGCAAAAGGCAGUGCGAAUGAUGGAUGGCUCAGUCGCACCAGGUCGACAGGGCCAAGUUGCAGGCAUCGAAGCCCAGAUGGGGGUGGUCUAUUAUAUGGUUGGAAGGUAUGGGGAUGCAUAUGAUACGUUUAAGGUUGUGGUGGCAAAGAUGAGGGCAGGUGGAGAGGCAGGCUCUGCCUUUUUUGGGGUGGUUUUGAACCAGAUGGGGCUGACAUGCGUACAAAGGUUUGAAAUAAAGGAAGCGGUUGAGCUGUUCGCGGAGGCAAAGGUGAUAUUGGAGAAGGAGUGUGGGGCAUUUCAUCCUGAUACAUUGGGCGUUUACAGCAACCUUGCUGCCGCUUAUGAUGCCAUGGGCAGGGUAGAUGACGCCAUUGAGAUGUUAGAGUAUGUACUCGGGGUGAGGGAAGAGAAGCUCGGAACGGCUAAUCCUGAUGUUGAUGACGAGAAGAAAAGGUUGGCUGAGCUCUUGAAAACGGCAGGAAGAGCAAGGAAUAGAAAGGCCAAAUCACUGGAAACUUUACUCGAUACCGGCUCCCAAAGGAUGAAGAAAGACGUUACAAGGAGGUGGUCGGCCUUGGGCUUUAGAAGUUAACAACCCCAGUGCAUGGUUUGCCUUGGGGGCUUUGAAGCUCUCUCUCUCUCUCUCUCUUACUCUCUCUCUCUCUCUCUCUUGUGUAAUAUAGCUUGUGUAAAGGCCACGUGAGGAAAUUUGUAGCUCCCAGCUUGUUUGAUUUUAUCAUCUAAUUUCAUGUAAUACUUAUAUUUUUUCCCCUGUUGUUCCAUUUAAUUAUUUUGUUGCAAUCAAAAUACUUGGCGUGGCACUUUGGACAAAUAAUAUUAGGUUUGGGCUCAAUUGCUUUGAUGCGAUCUUUCUUGUUGAA